UUCACUUUUAACUCGGAUUACAUCUGUAGUGAAUUUGAUGGUUUUAAUUCUCGUUUCCGAUUAACUGUGCUUGAUACGGUCGCUACGAUUUUAGCUGAUGAUGAGGAAACAACAGUACCUACCUGUACUUGGGAGAGUGAUAGAGGAUGACAAGAAGCGACAUAGAGGUCUGGGAGGAGGAGAUGGGCCUCCCAGACUCAGGACAGUGGUUGAGACGGUUAAGAACCUGCUCAAUAUCUCCAGGGAUGUCAAGGACUGGCAGGCAUCUAUGAAACAGGCUAAAGUAAAAGCAGAGAAAAUGAAGGGGGCUAAUCCUCAGAGAAGGCCUAGUGUCCACGAGCCUAUUAUACAAAGCUUCGACACAAAAGAUAACAUCCAGCUGGCAGAACAUGUGACAAUAAAAGACCUGAAGGAGCUGAUGAACCACUUCUCUCGGGGGGACAAUGGUUCACCCUCCUCGGACAUUAGGCUUGAUAAGGGCCAGUUUAUGGGGGCCAUUACAGAGCUGCUGGCUAACUCAAAGUGGGAGUAUCUGCUGGGAAGUCCUGAUUGGGAGAAACAGCUUGACAUGCUCUUCAACAAGGUUGAUGCUUCCUGCGACGGUAUGGUGGAUUGGAAUGAGUUCUGUACCUACAUGUUACUCCAAUAUCAGGAAAAAGACGCCGUCCAUAAUCGUAACGCUCCCUUCAGGAGGGAGGAAAAGUACGUUAAAGACAGUGCCAGUAAAGAGACAAUAACCCGCGUGUGUUACGCUAGCAACCCCAGCAGAUACCUCAGUGUUACCAGGGAUGGUAACUUAUCACUGUGGUCUAUGAACAUGGAGCUGCAGAAAUCAGUACAAGUAUGCGACACUCAACCCACCUCCUCAGUGCAAACCUUCAGGCUGGUGCUACUCCCAGAAAACAAAGCGCUCCCAUUGUCCAGGUUAUGGAUAACCGACAUGUGUGUGAUGGAGAACGUAAACAAGCUAGUGAUAACAACCACCUCCCGGGAAAUGUUCUUCUACGAUAUGAGCACUAAAACUUACUCCGUCCAGUUCCUUCUCUUUGAGUUAGAGUACGUGCCAUUGUGUAUGACAUAUUGGUACAAUAAGUCGGACCCAGGAGGCAGGAGCUUCCUUAUAUUCGGGGAUGAUAGCGGGUGUCUCCACAUCUUCAACUUCCUGCAGCCCAUGAAGGGCCUCUUUGAGUCCCCCACUAAGAAACAAGAGGGAUAUCUCAAAAUCAACAUGAAGGAUCUGUCAGAUCACAGUCUAAAAGUACACCACGCCCUGUGCAUGGGAGGACCUGUGCACUCUGACUGGGUCAGAAAGGUGGUAUACAUUCCGGAAACAGACUACAUCCUCUCCUGCUCGAGCAGCUCCGAAGAGAGUAUGGUACUCCAGGACAGACUCAAAAAGAAGAAAAACUAUAUCUACAAAGUCCGCAAGGGGAUUAACUGCUUCGACUUCAACAAGACCCUGAAUAUAAUAGCGACUGGCAGCACUGACCACACUGUACGGCUAUGGAACCCUUAUGUAGAAAGUAAACCUACUGCUCUGCUGAAGGGACACCAGACUUCUAUCCUGGACGUGGCCAUUCACGAGAGUGCUGGACAAGUCUUCAGUUAUAGUAUGGACGUGGUCCUAAAAGUGUACGAUAUAAAGGAGCACACUUGUCUCCAAACAGUAAUCCUCAAAUUCCCCCGAGGCAGCAGAGUGCCCGAUCAUGGCCCCUUCGUGUUACAUAUUCAGAAGAAAGUAACGAGCGCGCUGAUAGUGUGCAGUAAUGACUGCAUGGCAGAGUUCAGGAUGGGGAACAGAACUAACAACAGCCAAGUAAAAGCAGUUCAGAGCCACGCCAAACCAAUCAGCUGCUGUGCUUACAGUCCUCAAACACAUCAGAUAAUGACAGGCUGUGAGGGAUCAGUGGUAACUGUGUGGGAUAUCAAUACAGGUGCGAAGAUGCUCAAGUUGAGCAACACUCACGGUAAACAAGAGAUAACCUGUAUGAGCAUUGACACUGGCGGGAAACGACUUUUAACUGGGGCAAGAAAUGGAAAUGUUAAGGUGUGGAACUUUAACAACGGUCACUGCUUGAAGAAGUUGGAAGGUUUAGUUGAAGCAGAAGUGACUGGAAUCCUUGCCUUCUCAGAGAAAAGUGUGAUAUAUACAGCCGGAUGGAACAAAUGUAUCAAUGUCUACAGAGAUGAUAAGGAUGCGUUUUAUCUGCGACCUCAGCCAGAGUGGCGAGGAGGGAACGUGCACAAAGACGACAUUCUAACCACCGCCUACUGCCCUCCUAACCUCCUGGCUACAGCUAGUUUUGAUGGGGAGAUCAUCGUGUGGAGCACAGAAACUCAGAAGAUAUUCAGAAGGUUCCGAUCAGGAAGUAAACCCGUGAGACACAGAGGAGGAAACAAACGUCCCUCUAGCAGAGCUUACCAGGAGCGACCUGCUAAUACUAACGGAGCGUCACCAGUGGAUAAAGUGGUAUUCCUGGAGGAGAGAGUUAAGGAGAGACGUAACGAGGAUUGCAUGCUUGUGAGCAGCGAGAGCGGGUACGCUUUCUUCUGGAACAUAUACGGGGUAGCUCAGUGUGGGGGUUCGUUCCAGACAGCGUGUCGUGAUGGAGAAAGUGUGUUGGCAAUGUGUACGGACUCUCAGAACAAACGGCUAGUUUGUGGGGACACAGCUGGUUACAUCGCCGUCUACGACAUCAGGAACUACUGCACCGUCAACAACAAGAAAAACACGACUCCUAAAAGGUUGACGGCGUGGCACGGUCACUGUGCAGCAGUGACAGCACUCGACCACAUAGAACACGAACAUGGCCUGUUCCUGGUGAGCUGCAGUACAGACAGCACCGUCAGAAUGUGGACUGUGCACGGACACUUCAUCGGCACUUUCGGGCAGGAUAUUCCCUGGAGUUUAGCGGACAGAAACACGUUCAAGUAUCCUCAGUCUCCGUUUGAAGCUGAGGGAAUCACGCCGCCAACCUACAUUCCCAGUAUAGAUGGAGCGGCUAGCAGGUCAGAACUAGCAAAGAGUGCGAUGGACCGUCUGCAGUCUCCUGAGCACGACAGUAACGACGUCUCCCCCGACCUGCCCUCAUUGACCCCAGACUAUUUGGGACCUGACAGAGCAGAAAAAGAAGUUCAGCAAAGCGGUGUCCUGAGUCCGGUUGCUGUUCCCAGAAUAAUUGACAGAUCGGAGCCCUGGGACACGAAAGACCUGGAGAGUUGGCUGAAUACGACCACAGGAAGCACCAUUCUAGGAGAAUCGUGGGAUAGGGUCUACAGAAAACGAAUGAUCACCAGACAGGAGAGACGGCAUGCUGUAGGAACUACAGACACGAAACUAGCUCUCAGAUUUGGACACCACUGCUCACCUUUUGCUGCACUGGCAACACCGGUCAUGACAGAUGUUGCAAUACCAAAAGAUCUGCCAAAGACUCCCCGAAUGUUGACCAACAACUACGGAUUUGAACCAGCUUCUGACAAUCCCAAAAAGCUGACUAUCCGCUUCACUCCUGAUCCGAUUGUUCAAGCGGUAGCGAAGAAGUCCAUGACCCACAAUCAGUCGCGACCUAAUUCGACAGUGGGACUGUUAAAAUAGUUCUUAUUAAACUAAAAACAUCCGUCCGAAGAUGAAAUUAAGUGAACAGGAGAAAGCAUGUUCGCGCUAAAAUACCUUCCAGCUCAGAGACCUUGACUGAUUUAAGAAAUAAUACUCUUUGCAGUUUUUUGCUUUACAUAAAAC